UGAGCAACAGCCAGUCUCUGCGAACUGUCAUGGCCGACUACUUGCAAAUCUUAGGGGUCCUCGUGGCGCUGGUGCUCGCGUUAUACUAUUACCUCGGAUCGUCUUUCGAUUAUUGGAAAAGUCGCGGUGUGGUUGGACCUAAGCCUAUACCAAUUUUCGGCAAUAUCAAGGAUGUUCUGCUCAGGAAGAUUAGUAUGGGUGAUUACGUGACGCAACUAUACAACGAAUACAACAACGAGAAUAUGAUCGGUAUAUUUGCAAGAGCCAAUCCAGCUGUAAUUUUGCGAGACAUGGACCUUAUCAAGGACGUUUUAAUCAAAGACUUCUCUACGUUCGACGAUAGAGGAAUGGUUGUUCUCGACAAGGCCAAUCCGAUGUCUAUGAACUUGUUCAACCUGGAGGCGGAAAGAUGGCGGCCACUACGGAUGAGGCUGUCGCCAGUGUUCACUUCCGGCAAAUUAAAAGAUAUGUUCCCCUUGAUACUGGAGUGCGCUGAACAUUUGGAACAAUGCUUGGACAAAAUUGCGGAAAAGAGUGAACCAAUGAAUUGUAACGAAACAGCAGCGAGGUACACCACGGACGUGAUUGGCAGCUGCGCUUUCGGGAUCAACAUGAACGCUCUGGAAAACGAGCGCAGCGAAUUUCGAAGAAUAGGCAGGAAAAUCUUCGACCAGGAUUUCAAAUCGGCAGUGUUGCACACUAUACAAGAAACUGCACCGCGAUUAUACAGUUUACUUUCCUACGUGUUACCUCCUUCGGAAUUAAGCACUUUCAUGACGAAAGUCGUCUCGGAUACGAUCAAGUAUAGGGAAGAGAACAACGUCGUGAGGCCAGAUUUUAUAAACAUGCUGAUGGAGUUGAAGAAGCAUCCGGAUAAACUGGAGAAUAUCGAUUUAACAGACACUCUGCUCACCGCCCAAGCUUUCGUUUUCUUCGCGGCUGGGUUUGAGACAUCCUCCACAACAAUUGGUCACGCUCUUUACGAAAUGGCCCUGAACCCCACUAUACAGGACAAACUGCGAAGGGAAUUGAGAGAGUCCAGUGCCAAGAAUAAUGGCAACCUCACGUACAAUGUGGUCAAGGAAAUGAAAUACUUGGACAAUGUAUUUAAAGAGACUCUUAGGAAAUAUCCACCAGGCACGCUUUUACAGAGACAAUGCAAUAGCAAUUACACCUUUAGUGGAACAAAAGUAACGAUCACUAAAGGAAGCCGGGUGAUUAUCCCACUGUACGCAAUUCAAAAAGAUCCUAAUGUCUACCAAAAUCCGGAUGUCUUCGACCCAGAAAGAUUCAACGGAGAUGCAGUGGCUGCCAGGCAUCCAAUGAGCUUCUUGCCUUUCGGCGAUGGACCAAGAAAUUGCAUUGGGGCACGUUUUGCAAUUUAUCAAACCAAGCUUGGAUUGAUAAAAAUGUUGCAAAAUUUCAGGGUUGAUGUUUGUGAAAAGACAGUCAUUCCUUAUGUAAAUAAUCCAACGACUCGUGUACUGGCUCCGAUAGGUGGAAUUCACUUAAAAAUAAGCAAGGUACAAAAAUGAACUCAAAACUGAAAUAAAUUGAGACACAUCGAACACGUAUAACAUAUGGUAUUGUUUUGAAAUAUUCAAAUGACAUUCUAUGACUG